AAUUAAAAGCCUUUGCACACGACACACUCACUCUGACCAGUGGUCUUAAUUUCUGACCGUUAAAUACCAUUGAUUGAUUGAAAUAGACAGAAUACUAAUUGGUGGAAUCUAACCGUAUUCGUACUGUUAUUUAAAUCAUUUUGACAACAAGAACUUCAAAAUGUCACAAAUAGGACCCAAUGCAGGUGGUCCUGAUUCUGUCGACAAAAACGAUCCAGUCAUACUUGAGGGAAUAGGAGAAAAUGACAAAGUUGGUUUACCGACGGAUUUGUAUGUUAUUCCUGGAUAUUCGAUUGAAGGAGGCUUACUACCACCACCAAUGCCGCCCCUCUCAACAAGUGUCCCGGAUAAAGCUACGUAUAAGCAGCCAGAAAUGCAAGAGGUUCCAGUUAUAUCACAUGAUAGAGCAAAGAAGGCCCUGCUGGACCACAUAGAAACACAGUGUUGCUGGGGAAAGGGAACAGCCAAUAAGAUAACAACGUUUGAAAACCUGGAAUCUUCAACUACAUAUCAUUACACAUUGGAAACCUUUACAGAAACAAGAUCGACGCAAUGGCAAAUGGAACCAUUCAGAGGACAAUUUAUAGACGGACCAGAAAAUGGAAUACCAGUGCACCCUUGGGAAAUCCCACUAACCUCGGUAGAACAGUUUAGAGAUUUUGAGACUCGCAGUGUGGAGGUUCCCCAUACAGCUUCCGUCAGGCCUUGUCACAGAUGUCAAGCUGGUGGAUGUCUUAUAUGUGCUGGCUGUGAAGGCAGAGGACGGCUUCAUUGUGGGAUGUGUAAAGGAAAAGGAAGAAGACAACAGCGUGUUAAGGACAGUCAGGGUGUAUGGAGGUCAGGAGUUCAUAAGUGUGACGUAUGUGAUGGAUCAGGUAAAAAGCCUUGCUCUCGCUGUAAUGGAACUGCACGAGUGACGUGUCCAAGUUGUCAGGGACAAACUAAGCUGAAAUGGUACAUUCAGUUGUUGGUUACAUGGAAAACCUAUAAAGGUGAUCAUGCUGUUGGAAAAUCCAAUGUUCCAAAAGUACUUGUGACCAGAGUUCCUGGAACAAUAGCUUUCGAAGAUGUACAACCUAUGUUAUACCCUAUCACGAAGUCUCCAGAUCCAGAAAUUAUGACCGCUUCCGCUCGCUUGUUAGCAGAACAGAAAUUUCCACACUCUCUUAUUUUGAUGCAGCGACAUAAAAUAAAAGUUAUUCCUGUGACAAAAUGCGAGUACAGACAUAAUAACAAACUUUUGAGUUAUUAUGUUUAUGGGUUAGAUUGUAGAGUUCAUGCCCCUGAUUAUCCUGACCAGUGUUGUUACGGCUGCGAGAUUAUGUAAAUUUGUCUCCAUUAGUUUGAAACGUUGGAACUAUUUAUGCAGUGUAUGUUACUUGUUAAUGUUAGAUGCAUUAUGUAUUUUUAUCAUAUACUCUUUUUAUUAGAGCAUUUAUUUGGAUUUUAGCCAUAUGUGUUACCUUUUAUUAUAAAAGAAACAUGACGUUAUUUGUAUUCAAUGGUUUCUUUACAGAUUUUGGAAUUUCCGUCCAUUGUAU